AUGAAGCUGAUCGAUAAUCCAGAUCCACGCCAACCAACGUACUAUCUCCCACACCACUGCGUGGUUCGACCAGAUAGCACCACCACGAAGUUGAGAGUGGUGUUCGAUGCAUCCUGUUCGACUGACACAGGAGUGUCUUUGAAUGAUGCCCUCAUGGUUGGUCCGCAAGUGCAAGACGACCUAGUUUCAAUAACAUUGCGGUAUCGCAUCCCUCAAUUCGCUAUCAUUUCUGACAUCGAAAAAAUGUAUAGGCAAAUUGGGAUGAACUCUGUCGAUCAGCAACUCCAGCUUAUUCUUUGGAAAGAUUCGCCCUCCGAAACAAUGCGAACCUAUCAACUCACAACCGUGACAUACGGAACGUCUUCGGCUCCAUAUCUCGCCACGAAAUGUCUCCAAACUCUCGCCGAAAUUGGAUCAGAAAGCCAUCCUGCAGCCGCAGUUGUCAUAGGAAAGAACUUCUACAUGGACGAUCUGCUCACUGGUGCCAGCAGUAUAGAAGAAGGCCAGGAACUGGUCCAACAAUUAAAUCAGCUGACAAAUUCUGCUGGACUACAACUUCGGAAGUGGGCGUCUAACAAUCCUCAGAUCCUUCAAGUCGUUCCUGAUCUCCAAGCAAAGCUGUUCAUGAAAGAGUUGUGGAGAGAAGGUAGAACAUGGGACGAUGAACUUGAUGAGUGUGCUCAACGUCGCUGGACGGAAUUUCGUGACAAUCUUCAGGACAUUGCAACAAUAAGUAUUCCCCGUUGGGUCGCUACUCCCACUGCAAUCUCUGUAGAAUUGCAUGGGUUUUGUGAUGCGUCCAUUCGUGCAUAUGGUGCAUGCAUUUAUGUCAGGACACUCGCUUCGAACGGAGAUAUUUUCGUGAACCUUCUAACCGCAAAAUCCAAGGUUGCGCCACUUGGAAACUCGAAAAGAAAUCCAUCUAUUAGCUUGCCACGUCUCGAGCUUUCUGCCGCGUUACUUCUUAGCCAUCUGAUCGAAAAGGUUGAAUCCAGCGCAGAUCUGCACGCUAAACAUUUCUUUUGGACUGAUUCGACUACACUGGCUUUCUACCACUGGCUUUCUUCAAGCCCGUCCCGUUGGAAAACUUUCAUUGCCAAUCGGGUGUCAGAGAUCCAACAAAUCACUGCAAACGGAAUAUGGGCGCACGUACCCGGGUUAGAAAACCCAGCGGAUGUAAUCUCUCGCGGAAUGCCUCCGAAUGAUUUGAAGGAUUUCGCUCCAUGGAAUGUUCCAGAUUGGCUUCGCCAACCAUCUCGGUUUUGGCCAUCGCUUACUUGUCGAAUGGAUAAAAACUUUCCAUCGGAUCAACUAGAAAAACGUAGCAUUGUACUACCAGCUCUAGUGCGGCAAACGAACGAAUUGUUCUCGCUUUAUUCGUCGUUCACUAAAUUAACAAGGAUCGUAGCUUUAAUCCUUAGAUUUCGGUUUAACUCUAACCCGGUGAACCGUACUGAGCGACGCACGGGAUUCUUAACAACUCAGGAAGAACGAUUUUCUCAAGAUAUCGCCGAUGUAAUUCGCGAUGGACAGGUAAAAAAGAAUUCAAGAUUGAAAACGCUUUCUCCACGGUUCGCUAAUGGGAUAUUGCGUGUUGGUGGCCGGCUGAGGAAUGCACCGGUCCCGUUAAAUCAACGACAUCCAAUGAUACUGCCGGACAAACAUCCGCUAACUGAGCGAAUUCUGAGCUUCUCUCAUCUCAACAACCUUCACGCUGGACCUCAACUGAUUACUGCAGCUGUGCGGGAACGAUUCUGGCCACUUUGUCUCCGUGACCUAGCACGACAAGUGGUGCACUCGUGUAUAAGAUGUUUCCGCUGCAAACCCAAAGUUAUGGAACAGUUGAUGGGAGAAUUGGCGUCAGAACGUGUCACACCAACGCUGCCCUUCUUCCGUUCUGGUGUCGACUACUGUGGGCCCUUCUACUGCCGCUCAACUAGGAAAGGAGCACCAAUCAAGUGUUAUGUCGCCAUCUUUGUCUGUAUGGUUACAAAAGCAGUUCACGUCGAAUGUGUUGCAGAUUUGUCCACCAGUUCAUUUAUCGCUGCACUGAGACGUUUCAAUAGAGGAGCUAAACGAGAGCUAGACGAACUUGUUCGUCUUUUUGGAUCCCAACAUCAUCAGCAUCUCGUAAUUAGUAGUUGCGCUGAAGACGGCAUUGCCUUCAAGUUCAUACCGCCAAGAUCUCCUAGCUUUGGCGGGCUCUGGGAGGCGGCUGUUAAGUCGCUUAAGAAGCAUCUUCGAAGUACUUUGGGCAACAUUGUGCUAACACAGGACGAAUUUCUAACCCUGCUCAUUCAAGCUGAAGCCUGUCUCAACUCCCGCCCUCUUACACAGAUGACUUCAGACCCCAAUGAUCUGGAGGUGCUCACUCCGGGGCAUUUCCUGGUCCAUCGUUCACUCAUCGCGGUGCCGGAGCCAAGCCUGGCUGAAGUACCAAUCAACCGGCUAGAUAGGUAUCAGCAGACUCAGGAAUACCUCCGUCGAAUCUGGAAGCAGUGGCAGUCUGAUUAUCUUUCCGGACUGCAACCCCGAACUCGGUGGACACAGCAACGCGACAAUAUCAAGGUGGGUACGAUGGUUCUAUUGAAGGACGACAACCUUCCACCGCUCAAGUGGAGAUUAGGACAAGUGACGCAGGUAUUUCGAGGGGACGACGAGUACACUGCCCAUGAUCGCAUAUUUCUGACCAUGUGA